CAGGCAAACGCACGCAGCCUCACCCUUAUCCCAUUGCUCGGCCAUAGCUCUCCAUCCACCCGCAUCUCUCCCUCUCCCUCUCUCCAUCGUGACCUCCUCCCAAAAGACCGAUGCUAGCAUGGGUGCCCCUGCUCCUCCGUUCCCAAUGCGAGCUCUCCCUCCCUUCUGCGGUGCUGAGGUCGCCCUGCUCCCUAGAUGGGCCACGAUGGCGCGGAUGACGCAUGGUGCACGAGCGCCGCCAACCAGAACCCUAGAAGCCGGCCGAUGGGGUGGCCUCCGUUCUUUUCCCCUUGCCAGAUUGACGACGGGGUGGCCGUCCUACUUCUUCACCGACCGGAUCUACCAUGGGAGGGCCAUCCUUCUUCUCCUCUAGCCAGAUCCACAGUGAGUCAGCUGCCCUUCUUCUCAUCCGGCCAGAUCCACGACAUGGCAGCCAAAUCCAUGAAGCGGUGGCAGCGGUAUGAUUUGGAUUGGUACUGCUCCAUAUACACCCUGUUCUGCAAAUCAGUCCUAAGAUUACUGCUACAGGUAAAGUAGAAUGCUUCAGCACUAACAAGCACUACUGGAGUGUAAGCUCUCUGCUUUUCUGAACUCUGAACAUACUAUUCAUCCUUUUAGAUACUGAGUGUUAUGAUCAGGACAUAAGUUGUUCACUGAUGAAAUAAUAAUACUAACUCUGAACAUAGUUCUCACCAUUCUGAACUUGUUAAGUAUUGAUUUAGUAUAUAUAUGUAGCAAACAUGAAUAUAAAUCUCCCCUCCAUUUUUCAUGGUUCAUCUGCCAUUCUGAAUUUAUUGUCCCUGCAAGUAUUGAGUGGUAUUGGUUUGAUAUUUUUCCUUAGAAAUCUAAGCAUUAGUUACUAGUCAUUUCUUUUUAUGUAGAGGGCAACAGGAGAUGGAUCCUCAUGUUUCAACAAACCUGUACCACAAUAGUCAUUUGGGCUGCAACUAGCAUGUUUGAUCAGCAUGUCUGCUGCGGAGCAAAAGUAUUUUGGUAGCAACCAUCAAGCAACAAGCUUCAAUUGGCCUGUCUGGUGGAGCAGAUUGUGGUAGAAACUAGUAGAACUGGCAAACUAUGCAAGUAAUUUUGAUUUUUGACACAAGUAAUGAGGCUUGUGUGGCUGUCUUGGUUGUGCAGCAGCAUAGAUUAUUAUAGAAAUUAUCUAGUUACUGCCAUAUAGAAUGUAGCCUAUGUUGGUUGUGCAGCAAACACUCCAUUUUGCCAAGUUAGUGCCUAUGCUAUGUGCCGGUGCUAAAGGAGGUUUCGGACGCAGUAGCUUCAUGAUGCUUGCUCCAAUGUAUGACUUAGGGAUAUAGUAUCAUCAUCGUACUGAGAUGUAUGACUUUUCUGGCAACUUAGGUUCUCUGCUGUACAAGAUAUAAAAUUUGAUGUAAUAAAUAUUGGCCUCCAUAUGUGAUAUAUAUGUGUUUGUGUAUCUUCA